AUGGGUAUCGCAUUGAGAUCGCCUGUGGCACUGGAGAGCCCGCUGGACACGAGCAAUGAUUUCUCGCUGGGUCCUGCCUUUCAGGCACAUGCUGCAGCACAACUUUCACGCUUCGUCGACUCAGAGGUCUCUUUCAGCGCUCGAGAGCUGUGCUCAGUUGAUCUCUCUAUUCAGAGCCCGCACGAUGAGCGUUUAGACUGGUGGGAACACAUACGUCGGUGUCGACGCCGGGCACAAGCACGACCUGUGCCAUCACUUUCAGUUGCAGCAUUACUGCUGCCGCCAUCGAUACGGUACAAGGCGCGGUUGGACAGCUCUAUUUCCAAGGUGAAAGCUGUACUCCGACGACGGCAGACUUCGCCCAAACAGUUGUUUGCUUUGCAGGCGGGACAGAGAUGUUUACACAUGAGUGUCAUUGACCUGGCCCGGGCGCUCCAACAAUUCGGGUUCCUUGAUCAAGCUGAAGCUGGGCGGCUGGCUCUGGCCGCGGCAAGGUUUGAGAGCCAAAGUCUCACGUCCGAUGCGAACUUGUUCGUCAGCCUGGAUAAUUUUGUUCGGCUCAUGGGAAGUGUCCCUGGAAGCUUGGUUGAAGAGCGUGAUGAUCAGCAUGACACUUCAAGCGUUAUGGCAUCCCCGAGUGCCCAAAUGGCAGAGACUCAACUCAACCUCGAGGCAGGUCGCUGGGCGAUCAAGAUAGUUCCACAUGACAGAAUGGUGGAAGUGUGGAGCUCCCGAAAGGUUCCGGGCAGUGAGGCACGUCCUUUCAGCAUUUGGCGACCCGAUCUAAAGACUGGAGCUGCUGCUGGAGGAAAUACAUUUCAGCAAGGGCUCAGGAGUUUGGUUGGCGCUGGCACUGGACGCCUCUUCUUGCUGGGUGAUAUUGGAAAAAGAGGUCUUGACGCCCCUGCUCAAUGUUUGGUUGCGAAGGUAAAGAUGUCCAGAUUCCUUCCAAAGGGAGCUGGUCUGGGCUUAGGCCUGGAGGCAUGGAUGUCCAGAUUUUUGCCGCGCCCUGUUGCUUUUCGACUGCUUUGGCAUGAUCGCCGUGGAGCUACUGCUGAUGCCUUUGGAGGACCUCAAGCAGGAAGCGCAAGUAGCCCUUCAGGUGAAGGCCUCUAUGUUUGGCGGCCAGUCCCUCCAAGCGAUCUAUUUGUCGCGCCAGGCGCAGUGUGUACGGCAGACUCUUCAGAACCUCGGGGCGUGGAAAUCCGUUGUGUGCCUCGUGCUUGGCUUGUGAGAGGAGAUAGUCUGGGACCAGCUCUUUGGACAAACGAUCGGCACGAAGUGAAAGUGCAGGAAGGGCUGGGUGGAGUGAUCGCAUGCCCUACUGAGAACCUCAGUCAUUUGCCUUGCUGGACGUUCAUAUCUCACCAGUUCUUUGCGGGCACGUGA